AUGGCUCUGCGCGAUUGGCAGUCUUGCGUCAACGUGCCUCUGCUGAACUGUCCGCUCAGUUGCGCCGUGCAACAAAGGCUUCAGCCGGCGUCGUGGUUUCACGGACGUCCGGCGGUGCCCCCACGCCGCGAGAUGGCCUUGGAGCUCGGCCGCCGUGGCGCCAAAGUCAUCGUGAACUACGCCAACUCCUCCGAGUCAGCCGAGGAGGUCGUAGCUGCCAUCAAGAAGUCCGGCUCCGACGCCGUCGCCAUCAAGGCCAACGUCUCCGUCGUGGACGAGAUUGUCUCCCUCUUCGAGCAGGGUGUGAAGGCCUGGGGCAAGCUCGACAUUGUCUGCUCGAACAGCGGCGUCGUUUCCUUCGGACACGUCAAGGACGUCACGCCCGAGGAGUUCGACCGUGUCUUCAACAUUAACACGAGGGGCCAGUUCUUCGUCGCCCGCGAGGCAUACAAGCACCUCGAGGAGGGAGGACGCCUGAUUCUCGUGGGUUCCAUCACCGGUCAGGCCAAGGCCGUGCCGAAACACGCCGUCUACUCGGGCUCCAAGGGUACUAUUGAGACAUUCGUCCGCUGCAUGGCCAUCGACUUUGGGGACAAGAAGAUUACGGUUAACGCCGUCGCGCCUGGAGGCAUCAAGACGGACAUGUACCAUGCCGUGUGCCGCGAAUACAUCCCUGGCGGGGCCACCCUUUCCGACGACGAAGUCGACGAGUACGCCGCCGGCUGGUCCCCAGUUCAUCGUGUCGGCCUGCCCAUCGAUAUUGCCCGCGUUGUUUGCUUCCUCGCCUCCCAGGACGGCGCAUGGAUCAAUGGCAAGGUCCUCGGUAUCGAUGGCGCCGCGUGCAUGUGA